AUGAAUCCGGAAGAUGACGCUAAUUCCAUCAGUGUGCAGGCGGAUGCAUUUAACGAAUCCGUUAUGGAUCCGGUGGGAGUGCUGGAAACUGAUCAUCCCUUGCUCGAGCGCUUUCAGGCCGCUCUGAAGGCUCAUCUGCUGAAGGUGAAGGAUCAGCUGGAGGAGGAAGUGGCCGAGUUGAACCAUCGACUGGAGCAGAAUGAGAAAGAAUCCGAAGAGGUCGGUGCCGAGCUGUAUGACCUGCAGGAAGAAAUUGAUAAUCAGAAGGAGCUUCUCGAAAUUUACAGUAAAGAAAUAUUCGAGCUGGCCGCCCAACGGCAGCAAGAGGAAAGGCAAGCCGCUCAGUACCGGAAAGAGUUCGAGGAACAGCAGCAAGAGCUGAAAGAAUUCAAAAAGGUGCACAAGGAGCAUUUAAUGGAGAUGGAAAAUUUGACCAUACUGGAGAACGAAUUUUCAAAGUGGGCCCAAGAAAUCAAGGACGAAAUAGCCGUUGCUAAGCGUGUCGUCAGCAAGGACGAGAAGGAGGAGCUAAUCGCGGCGGAAGAACAGCGCAAGGCCGAUCUGCUCCUGCUAAACCUUUCAGAGGAGGUGAAGCGCAAGGACCGUGAGAUGGAAGCGAUCGAGGAUCAGAUAAGGGAGCAAGACGAAAAGCGGGAAACGAUCAGCCGCAGUUUGGCCGAUGCAAACACCGACCUGGAAGCGCUGCAGCAUGAACACAAGUGUGUGUCCCAGGCGUGGGGUGAAGUGAUAGUGGCGAUUCAGCAGCGGGACCGGGUGUUGGUGAAAACGAAGGAGGAGCUCGAAUCGAUUUACGAGGAGCAUAAAGUUAUCAAAAGCAAAACGGAAAUUACCAAGAAGACGGCAGCAAAGGAAAUGGAGCAAAACGAGAAGCUGGCCGGUUUUAAGAAUCGCAUCCAGGGAGAUAUCAACUCGCUGGAGAAGCAGGUCCGCAAGGAACAGGAAGAUGAAGAUAAGCUCAAGCGUGACCUGGAUCACUAUGCACUGAUUCUUGAGCAAACGGAGGCCGAUAUCCUGAAGGCUCAGCAGGAGGGUUUGCUGAUCGAGAAUCAUCUCAAAUCGCUGCGCCAAACGUUGGAGAAACAGAACCGCAAAAAGUUUGACCUUGAAGAGCAGAUAUUGGAGCUGCUGCAAGAUCAUCUGACGACCGAUAAGGCGGGAGAAGCGCAACGUAAGCUGCUGCUCGAUACCACCGAGAAGCGAAGGGAGCUGGAAAUUAACAUGGAGAACACGGAGAAUCAACUAUCGACGGUACUGCUUGAUUUGGAAAAGUGGAGAUCACUUGUGGAAAACGCGAAGGAUGUUCUGAGCAAAGUGAAGAUUGAACAUGACGAGCUGGAUGCUGAGGCAAACAAGCACAACGAGGAGAUAAAGCUUCGGCAGGAAAUGAUAGCCGUGAAGCUACGCAAAAUGGAUGCACUGAAUCGAGAAUUGGACCAACUGAUCAGUAAAGCUGGUGGACAGGAGAUGAACCCGGACGAGCUGAAGCUACUGGACGUCCAGCAAGACAUCGUGGAGGUUGAGGUACAGCUGAAGGAGGCACGCGCAUCAUGGCUAAAGCUGCAGACAAGCAUCGCAACUCAAACGGCCAAGCGAACCCAACAGUUAAAAGAAAUCAACUACUCCAGAAAGAAACUUCUUCUGGCCGAACAGAAAGCAAUUAAAAUCGAAGCACAGCUCGAGGAGGUGUUGAAUGAAAACAGGGAGAUUGUUCGUUCGUUAUCGGCGCUCAACACACGCCUCGAUAGCGCCAGCAUGGAGCUGUUCAAAACGCGCCAAGUGCAUGAGAAGGGAGAGCAGGAGUGCGUGGUAGCUCAUCACCAGGCAACGGAACGACUGCGAGAUGCCGAAAUGGCCGUCCUUGGGCUGGAACAAGAGCUGAAAGAUCUUGGCAAAGAGAUCGAGGACUGUAAGCAGGAGGUGCUGGAGAAGCACCGUGAAGCAUUGUCCUGGGAAACGAAAUGCAAGAUGUCGACCGAGGCGAAGAAGUUUAAGGAAGAGGAAACCACACAAAACAGUGAAAUCGGCCUGAUGAAGGCGGAGAUUCAUCGUAUGCAGGUACGAUACGGACAGUUGAAGCGCAUGCAGGAAAAGCUGGUCCACGACCUGGAGAAUACUGUGCAUCAUCGCGAAAACAUUUUUGAAUCGGUUAAUGCACGCGAAAAGGUGUACGGAGGAAAGUUUAAGACCCGCUCGACAAUGCAGCACAAGAUUAAUGAGCUCAAGAACAAGCUGAAGGUUGUGUUUUCGGAAAUAUCACAAGCGGAGAAAAGUCUCCUGGAGAUCGAUACCGCCCAGAAGCUGCUCCAGGCGGAGAUCGAGAACAAAAAGCAUCAGAUUGAGGAGGAAAAACUGCAAACCAAUCUCAUCCGGGCGGAAACGGAACAGGCGUCCAUGUUGAAGCAGGAAAAUCUCGAUUACAUCGUGCGCCAUCAGUACCGAGCCCGUCGCUAUCGGGCGCUGGCAAACGCACAGCAGUUGCCCAAGUUCCGCAACGAAAUUCUCAUCCAGGCCGAUCUGCAGCGCCAACGGGAAGUGAACGAAAACAUUGUGGCGGUAGUCGAAACAUUGCAGCAAGAUUUUCCCACCCAGAAGUAUAAUCUUAACAAAAUUAUUCAAUUGCUUAAAUAA